AUGUCUUCAGAACAACCUACCAAGAUGACUACAAGGAGGGACGUCCUGAUUGCCAAAAUGCAACAAUUAGAGAAGGAGCUCAAAACAGCCAACGAGCUGAACAAAAAGCUCCUUCAAGAACAAGAAGAGAGUGAACAGGAGAUUGAGCGUGUUGUAAGAACAAACACAACACUAAAAAAUCAACUCGCCAACCAAGACGUUGAGUAUGAAGACUUGCAAGGGCAGCGCGAUGAACUGCAGGCCAUUGUCAACCAGUUCCAGCAAUGCCAGGAUAUACACGAGCUGGCGUUACAACGCGUCCGGGACUUGCAACAGCAACUGGAGGAGUCGGAAUCAAAACAUAUUUGCAAAACCGGGCAGCGGCUACAACCUGAGCUUCGAGUCACCACGGCCACCGACGCGCCCCGCCGCGCCGAGUUCGCCCGCGCUGCGUGCCGUCCUAGCCGCGCCGGGAUCGCCCGCGCUGCGAGCGCUGUUCGCGUCGCGCCCGAGCCCAGCCGAGACCUUCACCCCGUCUCGAGCUUCGGGGAUCCUGCGCCAGUACCGGCUCAACCGCCAUCGUCACCGCCGGGCGUCGUCGAGCGGGUUCCAUCGCGACCGUCCAUCGCCGGGCCGGCUCCAUCGCCGCCGGCCCUCGUCUCGCCGGCCUCGUCGCCGCCCAGCCUAGCUACGCUGGCUCUGGCGCUGCUGACCUAUGUCUCGCCCGCUCCGGCGCCGCCACCCCUCGUCUCGCCGCCGUCGCCCCGCCUCGCGCCGCCAUCCUCCCCGCCGCCGCCGCGCGCCGCCCGCGCCCGCGCCGUGCUGUACAGCGACGAGGCGGGCGCCGGGCUGGGCGCGCUGCUGGCGGAGCGCCUCCACCGGCGCGUCAUCAACCACUGUCACCCGGGGGCCACCGUCGCGAGUUUGGUCGAGUGCAUCUCUGCAGGCCCCCAUCGGCGGACAUAA